UACACUAUAUGCCAAGUUUAGAAUUUUCUGAUGGAUAAGUUUAAGAAGAUAUUGAGUAUCACUUUAAUUAUUGUUGGCGCCAUCUCGUGCGUGAUUGUGGUAGAUCAUUCAGAAACUACAGACGAUGUAAAGGCUUUGCAAAGAGCAGUGGGUGUCGAACCCAAAUUGGACAACAAAAAAUAUAUGAAUUUUGAUGACUGGUUACAGGGUAAAUUUGAACCGAAAGAGUUCUAUCCCACGUGGGUUUCAGAUUCUGAAUACAUUUAUCGAAAUAAUGAGGACGCGAUAAUGAAGAAAAACAUUAGUAAUGAUGACGAGACUGGACUUCUAAGUUCUUCCGCCUGGAAAAGUUUGAUAAACCCGUCAUUAUUCUACGCUUCUGGCGACCUUCAAUAUGUGGCAAUAACUUAUCAACACAAAGAUGCCUAUGUUCAUUACAUGAGGACGUUUUCAGUAGCAUUUUUUCGAACCAACGAUUCACAACAAGUUUUCCCUCUAGGCUUUCCUCACGAGGGAAUUCAAAAAAUCAAAUGGGAACCUCUAGGUCACAAGAUGGCGUAUGUGCAUGAUUUUGACGUGUUUUUGUUGUCGAAUCUCUAUUCCAGUCCAAUACAAGUCACCGAUGAUGGUGAAAACAAUGUCAUUUUCAACGGAAUAACGGACUGGGGUUACGAAUUGGAAAUAACGAAAGAUGAUGCGUUGAUGUGGUGGUCACCAAACGGAACUUAUUUGGCAUAUGUGAAACUCGAUCAGACCGGAGUAAGAAAUUUUGACUUUCCUUAUUUUGGAGGAAGUCAGUAUCCCACAAUGGUCAGCUUAUCUUAUCCUAAACCUGGCAAUGUUGUUCCGAAAACAUUAAUUUUAAUUGUGAAUGUAGAAAAUCCGACAGUGAGCAUUGAAGUAAUGCCAAGUGAUAAUGUCACCGGUUGGGGAGAAUAUUAUUUAAAUUCAUUAAUUUGGAAAAAUGACCAAAUCUUCAUGUCAACCUGGAAAAAUAGACUUCAAAACGAAGCAAUUUCAGAAAGUUGUAAUUUAAUAUCAAAUUUGUGGACAUGUAAUCAUGACCCACAACUGUGA